GUUUUCGAGUUAUCGCUUUUGCGCAUGCGUACAUUCAUUGUCAAGCAGCAGAGAGUGCACGCCAAAAACACGUGAAGCCCUAAUUAAAAGCCUAGUUAUAACUGUUUUUUACAAUUGAAAUAAACACAAUCAAUCAAGAUGCCUGCUGCAGUUAAAGACUCGCCAAACAAGGUCUUUGUGAGCAACAUUCCUAAGACAUGGGACGAUGCGAAAUUAGAAUCAUUAUUUGUCAAGUUCGGCAAAAUAUCCCAAGUAAACUUGAUGAAACACAGAGAGACCGGAGAAUCUAGAGGAUUUGGCUUCAUCACAUAUGAAAGCGAGGAGGAUGCAAAUGAUGCUAUACAGGGAAUGAAUGGAAAGGAUAUUGAAGGAGUGGAGCUGAAAGUAGAUGCUGCCCUCAAGUCUCUACACUCAGGAGGAGGAGCCGGUGGUGAAAGGGGAGGCAGAGGGGGCUUCAGAGGAAGAGGAGGCCCAAGAGGAAGGGGAGGACCUCUUCUGCGUGGGGGUCCAAUGGGGGGCGGGUUCUCCCCAAGAGGCGGACCAAGGGGUGGCUUCAUGCCAAGGGGGCGUGGCGGCCCAUUCAGAGGAGGUAUGGGAGGUGAAGAAGGAGGAAGUCGAGGGCGUGGUCGAUUUGAUGGACCACCACGAGGCGGACCACCUAGGGGCGGACCAAGGGGUGGUAUGAGAGGGUCACCAAGGGGUGCGCCUAGAGGAGCACCCAGGGGGGCACCAAGGGGACGAGGUGGGCCAGGAAGACCACUGAUCGACAGACCUCCCAUGGAAGAAAUGGACCAAGACGCAGGGUUCAACGGGCCCAGGGGAACCAGACCUCUACUUGGUAAAGAGCCCCUUUUACAAGAUCCUGGAGCACCAGAUUACCAUCAAGCUCGGGAACCCAUGGGACAUCCCGCCGAGAGAGCCCCAGAAGGAUAUCGCGUUGGUGGAUACGCCGAAGGGGGACUGCUACCAACACACGAAGCCCAAUGGGACAACACUGUCAGCGGAGAGCAGGGUGGAGGUUAUUCCGGAGGUUUGCUACCAACGCAUCAAGCACAAUGGGACGAUGCAACCGAGCAGGGUGGCGGAUACCCCGAACGAGGUUUACUUCCAACUCGCCAAGCACAGUGGGACGAGGCACCUGUGAGAAGAGAACAGGAACCCCUCAUGCGUGAGAGAGAGGCUAGGGCGCCACCUCAAAUGGAGCGUCAUGCAGCAGAGCGCCCUCGCUCUUCCUUCCCUCCAGAGCGUGAAGCAGGCUAUGGCGGCCGUGGUGGCGCUGGUGCUGCUCCUGCUUCCCAGUAUGGAGAAGAGAGCUAUGGUGGAGCCCGAGGUGGAGGCGCUGGACGUGGUGCCGUCCAGGAGGAGUACGGCCAGCAGAGCCGUGGAGGAGGAGGAGCCUAUGACUACGCCGAGUCCAGGCCUGCCAGGGCAGAGUAUGGGGCUGCUUCAGCUGCUGCCGCUGAUCCGUACCGCUCCAGGGCUCCCUAUGGAGCCAACAGUGAACCAACUCCAGCUCGCCAAACCAGAGAAAGUUACGGCGAGCGUGACUACGCGCCUCAAGCUCGAAGCGCCGACCCCUACGGUGCUGCUCCAUCGGCUGCAGCAUCUCGAGGAUACGGAGCCAGGGAGCCUGCCCUCCCCCGUGAUGCACCCAUGUCCCGUGAAGCACCAAGGGGACGCGACCCAAUGGCCGCCCGGGACUACGCCCCUCCUGUCCGUGGCCAGAGGGACUAUGCUGAACCGGCUAGGCGGGAAGAGACUGUAGGGGAUUACGCCAGGGGAGGCUUUGCAGAGGAAAGACAAGCAUCUUCCUUUUCCUCAAGAACCUAUGAUGAAUAUGAGAAAGCCAGUAGCCGGGGAUAUGGUGCUGCCUCAGACAGCUAUGGCUCUGCCAGGGACCCUGCUGGAAGCUCAUCCAGUUCAAGAUCAGCCUUUUCCUCUCGCGAUCAGUACCCAAGUGGGCGUGGCGAUCGUGCCGAAAAGCCCGGGUACGGUGACUCUUACAGAACCGCACCCCAAUCCUCCUACGGGGGCCGCUCUGCCCCCGCCGAUAGAAAUGGGGGCGGCCGCCCUUACAGCCGUUACUAGACCAAGAGAAGCCGCUCAAAUAUCAAGAGAAAAUUGAGAGAGAAAAAUUCUGACUGCUAUGUCAGGCCCUUUUAAAACAUCAUUGAGGCAUUCGUUGAAGAAUGAUUUGUAAAUAGGAAUUGCGUUUUUAUGCAAUGAAUUUAUUAGAGGGAACGAUAAUGUUAUUGAUUAGGUGUUUCACGAUGUUCUUAUUUGUAUGAAUAUUCCAAAAUGAAGUAAUGAUUGUAUUGGACUAUGUUUAGAUAGUGUUAACAUUUAACUGUUCUUAAACAGAUUUAAAAGUUCCUUUUUAAAGCUUGAUGAGCAAUUCCAUUUUUCUUUUUUCAAAUGUCAAAAAGGUUCUAAAGGCAAAGUAAAUUGAAUAACGUCAUUCUCAAAACCAACGAAACGGUAAAAUUGGUAUUGAAAAGAAAAAUAACUUGAAGAAUAUGAAUGGAGAUAUCAAUGCCACCCCUAUAAAACUAAGGUGGAAUACAUAUAAAAGAUGUUUGACAAUGGAAAAAGUGUAUCUGAAAGGAAUGAAUAGAUAAGCUCCACUAACUUGGGCAUUGAUAUUUUUUUGUCAGGUUAUGCAUUCACCCAAAUGGUAUUCAUAGUAGAUAUCUGGCGACCUCCAAAAAUUGAAUUUUCUUCUCGCCUUUGUCUUAAAUUGUUGAAAAUUACAGAGUGCUGUUGAUGAGAUGCAAUAUCAUGCUUUUCAACGACAAACAAAUAAUUGUAAUGCAUUAAUAAAAAUAAAAAAUGAUGUUGAAAAAUAAAAGGAUUUAUAUUUGUUAGCAGCUGCUCGUGCCCGAAAAAUAUAAACCCCCCAAAAUAGAUUGAGAUCCAAUAUUUUUUGAAGGUUUAUUAUUUACAAAGGCACAAUAAUAAAAAAAAUAAAACAGAAAAUAGGGUUUGGUAUUCUGAAGAGUCAUGACAAAAAAAUGGACAAAGAAACAAGGUUUGUUAUUCCUGACAUUCAUUACUCUGAAAAUAAAAUAAGGUGUAACAAGCUGUAACUGGGCAAUUCCAUGAAAUAAGUACGUUUGACCCCCUAUAUGUGGGACCUUCACGAAAUUGUGUGUCUGUGAUUUUUUCUUUUGACAGUCUGUAAUGCUCUCAAAUGACCAUGACUUUGUCAGUUUAUGAAGUGAAGUAAAAUUGAGAAAAGUGGGGGCCGGACGUACAAAAAGGUUGAUUAUUCUAUGGAAUUGCCCAACUCAUAAAUGUUGAAAGGGGGGAUUUCAAAACUUUGAAUUACAAAAGGGAACUGCAUACAACAACUACAUGUAAAACUUUUCAUAUGUCUGUAUAGCCAGAAUACUGGAACUGGACAUUUGAGAAAAAAAUUACUAAAAUGCAUCAGUCUUAUUACCCCGAGCAAAAAGUCACAUAUGAUGUGUCCAAAAUGGUGAAA